GCCGCUUCUUCCUCCGCUGCCGGAGCUCUCCGGGUGCGCUCUGGGAGCUGGGGAGCCGGGCGGUCCCGGGGAUAGGUGAAGUUCCCCAGGAAGCAGACUGAAAUGGAGAUCAGCAUGCAGGAAGUAUAUUAAGGGGUGCUCUUGGAAUCUGUAGUUGUGGAAGAGAAGGAAGCAGGAUUGGGCAGAGGGAGAUGAGCUGUGAUGGAGUCACAGCAAAGGCCUCAGCUGACCUCACAAAGAGCUCUGACGCCGGUGUGGCCAUUGAGAGUUGGCCUGAGUAGAGGCCUGUGUGUAUAUAAGUGGAGUUGGAAUAUAACUGCAUCAGCUACUACCAAGUGUUGAGACAGGAGAUCUCAUCACUUGAAACCAGCCCUUCAUGUUUAUAACCUGGAAGCGUGAAAAAUGAAGCCUAAAAUGAAGUGUUCAAGCAGCAAAACUUCCCCAGCAAAGACGAACAGCUCAGCAGGCAAAGCCUUGGUAAAAUCUCCCAAGUUAAGAAAAUCUCAACAGAAGGUGGAAGAAGUUUGCCAGAUAUACUUUAUGAAGCUACGCUCAGGCCUUCUUAUAGAAAAGAAAGCCUGUUACUUUAAGAAAGAAACCACCAGAAGGCAUGUACCAAAACCAGGUGGAAAGCAACAUCUGGUAUUGGCUGCCUGUGAGCAGCAGCUGGAACACCUUGAACAGUCUGUGGAGGGCUUCACCUUUGAUGUACCCAUGAUCCAGAGAUGUGCUAGAUCAACUGCUGGUCCAAUUUUUGAAGAAGAUUUUGCUUCCCUGAGCACAUACAACGAUCAAUCCAUUAGUUUUGUUAUUGAGGAUGGAAGUUAUGAGAUCUACAUUGAAGACCUGAGUGGACAACAAGAGAAAGACCCAGUGUUAUUCCGUUGCUAUCCUUCUCAGUGCUCCUCAAGUGAAACAGGAGAUGGUGUUGAUGGUCAGAAGUUAAUGGUAAACCUGAGUCCUAAAAAAUACAAAGACUUCUUGCUGCAUGCCAACAACAAGGAGCACUCUGUGGAGCUACAAAAAUGUGAAAACCCGUUCCCAGACCAGGCCUUUUUUCUUAUGCAUAAGACGUCGUCCAGAUGUGUUUCAUUUGAAUGUAAGAACAAUCCUGGAGUGUUUAUAGGAGUAAAGGACAAGCACCUUGCUCUAAUUAAAGUGGGGGAGCAAACUGAGCCUUCAAGUAGGCAGAAUAUCAUAUUUAAGCUCUCUUAAACUUAAUGUGAUGGGAAGCUGUGGAUCCUGGGUUGGGUAGCCCAAAUGGCUACCACUGCAGAAGGGAUGAGACAAAAGAAAGAGGCAGGGAACAUUUAAGGGAAAUGGAGAGUGCUCACACGCCGUGGAAUGCUUUUCUUAUUAUGUGUAAAAAUAUUUUUCGUUAUCCUUCAGUUGUUUUUUACUUCCCUCUGUAUCACUGUAUAUUCAACACAAGUAUUGGUAUAUUAAAUCGGGUAUCGGUAAAGAGAUCUGCCAACAUUCAGAAGAGACACAGCCUGACCUUUACUUUUUUCCACUUUCAGUCCAUAAAGAACUUCAUAUUUAGAGCUGAGACCUCUGGGAAGAAGCAAGAGUCUUAGCCCAAGUCACAAUGUAGACAGGUAUCUGUUUUAAAAAACUACAUAGGGACACAGUUUUUCCUGGUUCCAAAUAAUAGGCUCAAACACUAAAGCUGCUGGUGAAAAGGCACGCAGGUUGCCCAUUCCAAAAGUGGAAUAAAACACCAAGUUUGUUUAUAGAUGCCGGAAACUUCAGAUGCCUCUAUGGCUAGGCAGGUAAUAUAAAUAAGUGAAGAGGCAAGGAUUAUCAAAAAAUUGUGAAAAAUAAAUCCAAUAUUUAUAAAGCAAAUAAUUUCACCUCUCAUUGUUUCAUUUUUAAAGUUCUGAUUUUUGUAGACAGUUAACUUUAAGCAAGGCAUUCUUAACAUUAGGAAGUGAAAUACAUUUUAGUUCAGACCUAUGAUUGAAAUCAUUAAGAAUAUCUAACAAACUGAAACAUUUUUUUAAAAAGCAGCAAGCCACAACAUAUGUUAGGUCAUCCAGUCCCACAGUGGGGCCAGAAGUCCUCUGACCUCCUAGGACCUGGAUGGGGCACAGGAUUAACCUUACAAUUUCAAUAUCUGGCUAUCCCUCAUGUUUGUGGAAUACCAUGUUCUUCCGACCCUAGCUCCCAGGGAUCUAUGACUUGAUAUACUCAGCACCUUGGACAAAAUGUCUUCUAAUCCUUUCCUCCUAUGUGCACAAGUCUUUUUAUUGUCCAGCUUCCCGAUGACCCUGGUUACUAUGGAAUAUUCAUUUGACUUCUGUUCUGUCUUCAUUUCCUUUGACCAACCAUGUCCUUGAUAUGUCUUUUGCACCCCCUGAGCUUCAUUUCCGUAUGAUCUGAUCUCCGUAUGCCAACACCUUUAUUCUACUUUGUCUACCUGACAUUGUAAAAUUUUUACAUAAAUCUAUUGAUGGCAAUAUUUUUUAUUAAACAUCUUUGUGUUUUACUUUUAGUAAAGUAGUAAAAUUUAUACUCAACUAUGUAAUAACAUUUUUCAAUUACUAAAUAAAUAGUUUUUGCUGAUUUUAAGGGCUUAGCCAUUUCUACUACAAUUUUUCAUAGGUUUAACACUGGCGAUACAUGAUAAACAUAAUAACGGAAUACUUAUAAAAGUGUAGGCUUUUAAAUUUCUAAUUUGUUGAUAUCUAUUGGAUCUAAUUGCUGGUUUAACUUAAGAUAAAAGAGGCUGAGACUUACAGUACGAGAGCAAACAAUUGUAGAACAAUAUGUCUUUGUUUCAUUGUGAAUAAUUUUACUAUAGAGACAAAAAUAAAAGCAGAAUCAAUAUCAUCUCCUCUGAAAAACACUAAAUGUUGAGCAUGAGCAUUUGUAUGAUAUACUUAAAUGAUUAUUAUUAAGUAACCAAAUAUACCCAUUACAUAGUUUGUAUUCUUGAAUAAACAGUAUUUUUAAAAGUU